AUGAUUCAGAGAACGAAGUAAUAGAACGGAGACCUCAAAAAGCAAAUUACUAAAGCCAAGGAAAUCUCAGCAAAGAUCGUAAACAUUCAAAUUACUUUUCCCUUUUGUUUAUCAUUAAAUCAUUAGUCGAUUAAGAGUGAAGCAGAAGAAGAUUUCAUUUCAAACAAGCUAGUUUAGAAGCUAGAGCAAAUACAAAAGGAAAAGCAUGACAUUUAAUGCAAGGUACAGAGUGAAGAGGAACACAUCAAUAACUACCUUCACCGUAAGUUGCAGGAGAUCAAUAGAGAAAGACUCGAAAUAGAGCAAUAGCUUGAAGAGGAAUAGAACUUUCUCCUUCGAACUUUGAAUAAACAGCUGAGGGAAGUUAACCUGAGGAAAGAUGCUUUGAAAAAACAACUUGAGAGGGAGUAGAAGGAGAAGUAAGAGCUUCUAGAUUCAAUUGAAAGUGAAUAGAAAUUCCUCAAGGAUACUCUCUAGAAAAAGCUAGAACAGAUUUAUAGAGAAAAAGAGUCAUUACUUAAGGAAAUUGAAUCAGAGGAGUCUGAAAGAAUAGCCAACUUGCAGUUGAUUAUUGAGAGAAUUUUGUCGGAGAAGAAUAAACUAGAGGAGUUGCUUAGCGAGGAAGUACAGGAGAAAUAGCUACUUGUAUUGACUCUAGAGAAUCAAAAGUCAACACUUACUAAUGAACUAUAGAAUAAAAUCAUUGAGAUAAAGAAGCAUAGAAUCAUGAUCCAGAAAAAACUAGCCAUCAACCAAGACCCCAUUAUGAUGACAAGGAAUAGUAACCUAUAGAGCUAGGAGAUUGCUUCAAGCAAUGAGGUAAGCCAGUAGAUGAAUCUGUAAAAUAAAUAGAAAUUAGCAGAAAUAAGCAGUAAUAACAGCACACCUAGGACUUACAAAGGCAAGGAUGAAAUGUUAUAGCAGAUGAAUCAGCAAGUCUAAGAUAUAGAAAAAAGGAAAAAAGAUAUUGAUCAGAGAUAAAACUAAACCUAGAUUUAGGAUUAACAAGAGGCAUUACUACUCAACUAGAACUAAGACGGAGCUAACACCAAAAAUUUAUUGCAGAGAGAUAUGGAAUACUAUGAAAUGGAGCAAAAGAGAAUGCUACAAAAGAUCAUGGGUCUUACCACUUAGUUGGAGGACAUCAAGAAAGAGUCUUAAAAGUAUAAAAAGAUGUGGGAUGAUGUAAAGAACAGAAUGAAAAGAGGGGAUCAGCAGUAGAAGUACUACUAAGAAAUGAUGAUGAUGCACAUCUAUAAGGGAGGAUAGAUGCAGCAGAAUCAGAUACCAGGACUUGGAAUGAUAAGAGCUACAGAUCCGUAUAAGAAGCACAAAAAUAAAAAGCAUCAGCUGCAGGACAGCUCGACUGAAAACUCUUUUAACAAUGACUUCUUAACAUGA